CUGAGUACGGUCGGAUGAGGAGGAACGUACCGAUGAGAGUGAAGCACCUUCUAUCAUUUGUCCCAUUGAUGCUGGUGGGGAUGUGGGCGGUCACUUGUGAUGGUGGACAAAGUGAGAUCCCUGAAGUGCAGCGUGUGAGACUCCAUGGUACUGGCUCCAGAUGUUCUGGCUGGUUGGAGAGGCUGCACAUGGGCAAAUGGAAGAGAAUCUCUAGCAAAAAUUGGACACUGCAGAAUGCAGAAGUGACCUGUAAGCAACUUCUCUGUGGCGUCCCAGUUGGGAUCCUGAAGCCAUAUUCUGAAGCAGCAGAAGAGCAAGACACCUGCCUGGUGGAAUGCCUGGGGGAGGAGGCGACCCUCGAGGACUGCAUUUGGCAUGAGUGCAACCACACACACCACUUGGGUGUGACCCUGGUGUGCCAAGAUCCUAAGCAAACCUCGACAGUAUCAGAGACCACAACCACAAUGUUGACGACCUUGUCAGAGUCCACAGACGCUCCAAAGAUAAAGCUAGAUGAUGGGACUUCAUUAUGCCUCGAGUCUGUGAAGCUGAACUUUAGAGGCCACUGGGAAACAGUUUGCCUGGGUUUACAGCGGUGGCAGAAUAGGCUGAAACCCACCUUCUGCCAAAGAGAAGACUGUGAAGAAGCAGUAGGACUUAAGAACCCCCAGAGGGAAAGGACUUCGCCUGCCCAGUGGGAGAAGGCGCAGUGUGAGAAGAGGAACUUUAGCUUGGACUGUCUGGACAGCUCUAAGGAAUGCUUCCACCUAACCUUGAUGAAAUGCUCAGGCCAAGAUUCCAAGCCCAAUGUGUCUAAUACAGAGACCGUCUUGGGAGUCCUGCUAGGUCUUGUCCUUACUACACUCCUGGUUAUCUGUGUGCCCCCUGCCUAUAAAAAGAUGGUGAAGAAAUAUACCAAGAAGAAACAACACCAAUGGAUUGGCCCAAGUGGAAUGAGUCAAAAUGUUUCAUUCCACCGCAACAGCUCUGCCACCCUCCAGUCACGCCCUGAAAGCCACAUUGUUCAGGAAGAGGAGAACAAAGCAUUGAAGAAAAACUCUUACCUCUCACCUUAUGCAGCUCUGGAAAGGGCAACCAACAGGACUUCAAGCCCCCUGGACAACUCCUCUGACAGCGAUUAUGACUUAAAUUCUGCACAGCAGGUAUAAAUCAAAUAGGUAUGGAUUACUGUUCCUUGUAGCACCACCACCCCGAUAACAGCUAAUAGAAAUGUAUGCAGAAUGAGUUCAUUUUUUAUCAGAUUUAUCCAGGUCAUGCCUUCUGGACCAAACAUGGAGAGACCAGGCAUUUCUAAGCUUGCAGUUAAUUUGUGGAUCAAAAUGUUAUUCAAGAGCAUGUGCACAUUUUAAAAAUGCACACCUUGCAAAAUGCAUACGAUGACUUAAAUCAGUGGGAAGGACUGCAUACCUUUCAUGUGCAUGGUUGAUACAGGCAUAUAAACAAAAUAUGCCUGCAUCUUCCUGUGAAAACAAAGAUUGCAGUCUGAUAUGGUCAGAAGAUGAAAUAAACUUCAGAGUGGAAUUUGAAGAACUUCAAUGAAGCUGUGCUUUGCUUAUACACACAUUCCUAAUCACAGAUGCUCUUUUUUAUCUUUAGUUCAACAGUAAACCCCAAUGUGAGGGCAUACAUUUAAAUCAGUUUCUUAAGUGGGGAACAAUGAAUGAUCAAAAUCUUCAAAACUCAGUGAAAUGUGUAUGUGGUGUAGAAAACAGCUGUGUGGCAGGCAAAAAAAAGUCUUAUGCUAGAUAACUCUGUAAUUUGUACUUGCUGGGGUAUGACUCUGUCCAUAAACUCUGGCUAGUAUGAAUUUCAUGAAGUUUAUUCUUUACAGCCUGGCACAAUUCAAUAAAAAGGAAAAGGAGAGAACAGGAUAAAAAAUGUUUUUUUUCCCACCCACUACAAAACACCACCUGCAUUCCCCUUGCAACCAUAAAUACGUUUUCUACCUUCACAAGAUGUGAUUGCAAAGCUAGUGCAUCUCCUCUUUCAUACACUGAAACUGAUUACAUGGUCCGAAUCUCAAGCAGUGGAAUUAAGUUGAGUGUUUAUAUUUGAGGGAAUGGAAAAUGUCCUUUGGGCUUAAAAUGUAGCACACUGGUGGACAGCUGGAUCUUUCAAAUAGCAAUUUUUUGGGGGAAAAAAAUCAGAAAAAUAGGAUUGCUUUUCGGAACUGUGUGUCUCUGCUUGAACACUCAAGAGAACAUUGUUGUUCUUGGCAAGCUCUGCAUGGGUAAGGUUCCAAACCAUGCUAAGUUAAAUUUCAAGAGGAUUCAGCACAUAAGUAACCAUCUGCACACAUGCACACGUGCAGCCUUACACAGGCAGUGGAAUGGCAAGGGUGAUUUAGCUUUAAAAAGCAGGGAAAGCUAACAUUGUGGGAACAAACAAGGGCUCCUUUUUAAAAUGUUUCAAACAGAACCACUUUUUCCUGUAUCCAGUGUCCAUUAGCCUGAAGUGGAAUAUUGUAUGUUUAUAAUUUACAGUUGUAUUAUAAUUGAGCAAAUACAGAAGCAGGUUGUAAUAGAAUUUAUAUAAUUCUAGAUCUAUUGUUCUAUCUUUGAAUACAACUGCAAUUUUAUUUAUAAAUGUCUAUUCUUGUUUAUAAACUGGAAAGAAAAUCAAAAUAAGAACAUGUGUGCAGCAUUCACACCUUGCAUAAGCUACAUAUAAUUAGCAUUUUGGUAGCCAAAUUAAAGUGAGAAGUCAGUUGGCUGGCCUACUUUAUCUAUACUGAUGCUGAGGAGGGUUUGACUUCAAAUUCUGGUCAGGAAAAUGACCAUCAGUGCAAAUUUCUAUACAUUUCUAAAACAAAGUUAAGCAGUCUAACUGUGACACAGCCAUUCAGUCCUUCACUGUUUGGUUUUUCUUGGAGAAAAACAUGUAAACUGAUGGACUCUGCUCUUAUAGUAGGGUACAAUCAUGCAACAUUUAUCACUCACUUCAACCAGAAAGUUUUACUGUUGCAGGGUUGGUUGUUGUUUCUAAAUAUCUUGCGAGGCGCACAGUAUCUCUAUGAUGAACUUCAUAUUCAAACCUAUGAACUAUGUAGAACAAAACUUCAAGCCAAUUUAGAAAAUGGUGACAGCGUGUGCUUAAAAGCACACUCCUUUACCUGAUGUUAAGAUUAUAUUUGAGGGUUUUUCAGAAGGCACUUUCAGGAUUUAUAAAGUAUGCCAGUGCCUGAAAGAUGGCUGUAUAAUUAGCACUCAUGUAAUCCUUUAAAAGGACUAGCAGGCUAGAAAGAAGGCGAGAGAGACAAUUAUACCAUCCUGAGUGCCACGGAGGAAAGUUGGAAAGAAAAAAACAAUUCAAGCUAAAAAAUAUGGUUUCUUUCAAGGUGAAAUUGGCUAGACCAGAAACAUAUGUUUGGUUCCACUCCAGUUAGCAUGUCAGCACAACACGUCAUUUAAAACGUGGGUUGCUGAGAACAACUGCAUGCGCUGCUGCAAUGUUGGAUUGCCCACUGCAACUGGGAAUAGCUAAGCAAGCCAGGGACCCUGUCUCCAGGGGGUUUAGUAUUCCAUCUGAACAAGGACUGUGGCCGACAUGCCAGAGAAAUGACCCUAUGAUAAAAUUCUCUGGCUAUGGUUAAUUUCUCUGGCUUCAGGUACUGCUGUGUUCAGAACAGUCACAAGUUUCAAUAAAUCCUCGGUUAUCAUGACACAUGAACCAAGCCUGUGACUCACAGAGGAUCAGAAGAAACAGCUGUAUUUAUGAAGCAGAAAAACAGGGCAGAGACUUAUUUUGAACAGAACCAGAAACAGCCACUAUUCAAUCACUUUCCACAGUAUUAACUUAAAUAGAAUUUUUUCACAUGGGGCUUUCCCAACCCAUGACUAAUUUUAGGGUUAAAAAAUUGCUGGUUUAAGCUCCAUUGUGGUUGUUGAGAAUGCUGACAAAAGCUGCAGUUGGUUACAUUUUAUAUUGUUUUGUGCUGCCUCACACUCAUUCUUUAUUACUUUGUAUAUUUGCUUGUACAUGCCAUAUAUCUCAUGUAUAUCUGCAAACUGCUAGAAAUAAAAAAAAAACUUUAAGAGAAAAGGA